UCAUGUCCGAAAACUGGGUGGUGAUAGACCAGACGAAAGAGUUUUCUACUGGCUGAAGGGAGACGAUUAGUUCCCCCCAUCCUCCAGUUUAACCAACAGCUCAACAGACGAGACGCUCUCCUCGCGUCCAUUCAGCAGAAGACCAUGAAGAAUCCAUCUCCUCUUACACGCAUCCUCAUCCCUCUCCUCCUCCUCCUCCUUCUCUUCUUGCUCUCUUCCUCUGCAUCACAAGCAGCACCGAGCUCUCUUUCAAGAGGAUCUUCUCUCUCCGUAGGGGAUGACUCGGAUGUCCUCCUCGUCUCCCCGAGCAAGUCUUUCUCAUGCGGCUUCUACAACGUCGGUUCUAAUGCCUAUGCCUUCUCGAUCUGGUUCUCCGACUUCGCCAACAAGACGGUCGCAUGGACCGCAAACCGGGAUCAUCCGGUAAAUGGUCAUGGAUCAAAAAUUAGCUUCCGCGAGGAUGGAGGCAUGGUCCUAGCAGACACCGAUGGCACGGUUGUGUGGAGCACCAACACAAGCUCGACGCAAGCAGAUCGAGUGCAGCUACUGGACACCGGCAAUCUUGUCCUGAAGGACCCCAGCGGUAACAUUCUAUGGCAAAGCUUUGAUUCUCCCACGGACACUCUUCUCCCUACGCAACCGAUUACUAAAACCAUACAAGUAGUAUCUGCAGCCGCUCCACGAUCCCUCUCUUCAGGCUACUAUAGCUUGUAUUUCGACAACGAUAACGUCCUCAGGCUCAUAUACGAUGGGCCCGAGAUUUCAACUGGAGAGUGGAGAGGAAUCAUGGGUCGAAGAGAUGGUGGAUUCUAGAUUAAAUGGGCAGUUCAACUGCAAGCAAGCAGAGAAGAUGGUGGAGAUAGCAGUCUCUUGCUUGGACGAAGACAGAAACCGGAGACCGACGAUGGAUUCUGUAGUGCGUACGCUCCUGUCAUACGAUGAUGAGCCCAGCUCCCACGAGGAACUCGCAGUAAAUUAGUAGCAGCAUCAACCAUCGAUCGAUCGUGUGUGCAAUUAUGUGUCUCCUGGUUCUCUCCGAGGUGUUUCUCUGUAUGUCAGAUGAAAAUUUGGGAUACAUUACAUUUCAUCCUAGCAAAUUUCAAUAUAGUUGACUUAAUGCUCAAGUCUUGCAUGAUAGGCAUGUA